GGCGUGAACUCGUACGACCCGGAAAAUUGUUAAGAUGUUUUCAUUGAGUGGAGUAGAGUCGUGCGAGACGUCCUCGAGGAAUGGACGCCACUCAGGCCGUUAACGACUCCUUUGAGUCAGACGAAGAGGAAAAUAAAGAGAAGGCAGACAAUGGGCAGCAACCUUUAGCCAAGCUUUGCAUCUUAAAGAAUGACCACCUUCCUGAAAGAGGUGAGAAGCAGGCAACGCACUUCCCGUCCACAGAAUUUCCCCUGUUCAUGGGGGAUAACGUGCUUGGUCGGGAUGGUUCCGCCUGCACGCUGCCCCUGCCGGCGCCCUCCGUGUCCAAACGGCACGCCUCCAUCCGCAUUACCGUCCAUCAGAGACCAGGAUCCCGCAGCGGAGUGAAUGUCGAGGCCGUGGUCCGGGACUUGGGCAGCAUGAACGGGACCCGCAUCGGUCGCGUCAAGUUGAUCCCCAACAUAUCCUACCCCCUCAGCGAGGGCAACUCUCUGGUCGUGGCUGACAUGCCGUGUCAGUACCUCGGCAUCAGCGAGGUACGCCAAGACGUUGGGGGCUGCCCUGUCAGUUUACAGGGGGAGUCGGUGGAAAAGAGAGACAGCUGCGAGGAGAGUGCCAGCUGGGCGUCCCGGGCUUCGGCUAAGGUUUCACCACCGAGUCAAGUGAAGAAGAAACCUACACAGAAAAGCUAUUUGUUCCUUGAGACUCCAGUCCAGCUGCGAGGAACUCUGGUCCCAGAGUCAGAGUCGGACUCUGAUGGCGAGAGGCCGGGAAACAGAGAGGCCAGGCGCAAGCUUCAAGGUUCUGAUUCUAUGGCCACCUGCUCAACCUUCUUAAGUCCCACAAACCAAAUAGUCCCUGAAAGUCCCCACUGUGAAGAUGGAACACCCAUCACGUUGUCAUCAUCUCCCAAAGACAAGCCUCACGUACGUGUUGCUUUCGGCAAAGCUGAGCCAGGCACAGAUGCCACGGGACAGCGGAAAAAGGACACGCUUGCCUCUGAAUACCACAGUGAUGGGGAGGGGCAAGCGGGCGGGGUAACAGCAAGGGAACAGCUGAAAAGCAAGACCGGCUUCACAGAGGACGACUUGGCGCAAGUGUCCACAAGCGCCGUCCUUAAAUUGAACAUGGACACGGAGGUGGAGGACGUUGGCCAGGUGGACGCUGCGUGCUUUCACAUGGACAGUGACACAGAUGUGGAUGAAGAUGACACCGGCGCCGCAGGUGCACCUCCCACACGGCCCGAGGGAAGUGGCGCUUGCCCUCACGUGUCACCCCUGGAUAAAAAAGACCAUGCAGCGCCUCCGUCGCUGCCGGACGACUUCCAGCUCGACAGUGACACAGAUGUCGAUGAGAAGGCUGACGACAGGGAUACGGGACCUUCUGGGCCGGAUGCGAUGGGGCCCGCUUGCCAAUCAGAUGACGAGCCGGCCCUCGCUCUUAACGCGCAAUCAAACGUGACCGAUUCAGCCGCCAGAUUGAACAAUGGCCAUGCGGAGCGAGCUACUCCUCACUCGUCAGCUGUCCUCUCCGCACCCUCCUCUGACGUCGCUCGGUCAGAGUCUGAUGCGGACAAGUCCAGUGCAUCUCCUACUGACUGGGACACUGAUACCGAUGCGGAAGAAGAGAAAAAUGCCCAAAGUCUUUCAGGGAUAAAAGCGACCGCUUUACGGUCUCCACAUCUGCAAAAUUGCUCAACCCCCGUGCAGCUGUCAGAAGGACAAGUGAAGGAGAUGGAAACCCAAGCCUUUCUUAAACCCUCUCUGGAGCCAUUUGAACGUGGUUUCUACGGUACGGUAAGAUCUGCAGCCGUUCCUCUGUGCUUUGACAGCCAGGAGGAAGAGGAGGACUUUGCUGUGGCCAAGACGCAGUCCUUUGUCCUUCGGCCCAGACGGCCAACCCCGAGCCGCGACGUUGACGCAUUGUCCGGCAAGGACACCAAUGAGCUGCCGAGCGGAGGAGCGUCUUUCCAGCUCGACUUGUCUGACGGCGGCUACCAACAGAGUGCGCCCCAAGCCCGGGCCUGCGUCUCGGAUACCCAAGCUAAUAGCUCCAGUGCAGACGGGAUAGCAUGGAGCAUGGAGGCUACCCAAGCCUACGAGGCACCACAAGUAAAUGUUGCCUUACAAGAAACGCAAGCCUAUGCUUCAGAGCCCGAUAGUAAAUAUGAAGAAGAGCCAGAGCAAGAUGCUGAGACACAAACUUUUGACUCUUUUUCCCUUGCUUUGGCGGAAACCCAACUCGCAGCUGCUUUUCAUGAAAAGGAUCUUUCGACGACAAACACUCCCGUCGCCCCUAUAAAUCCAAACCGGAUGGCCAAAACAACAAAUGUGAGCCAAUGUCAUUAUGUUGCUGUGACCAUUGCCGGAUCCCAGCCCAGGUGUACAAGAGAAGCCGUGCAAUCUGUUCCGGUGGUGGGAAAAACAAACUCAAAGCAGCCUCAGCUAGAAGAAGCAACUCAAGCAUUUACGGCCACGGUCAUGGUGGAAAAGCAGCCCCGAGCUGCAAGUCAUACGGAAGACGAGCCCAUCCUUGAUGAAGCAAUUUGGAGUGCUCGCCGUUUGGCUGCUGAUUGUCAGCCUCUGGGUAUAGCUGCCACUCAGCCCAUGGCUACAAGGGCAAGUGACGGUGAGGAUGCGAGUCCACUUUUGGGUGCCGGAAAAGUCCAGGAAAGUGAUGGCACAAACUGGCAGCACAGAAAAGUGCAACUUGACAGUUUGUGUGUUGCAACCCAGCCUCUGACUCAAAAUGCGCACCUGGACAGUGAUGAUGAAGACUUCACUCCAGCCUUCCAUGGAAGCAAAUUACAGCUUGAUCAAGUGAGACAAGCCUGUAUAAUUUCUUACACUUUAGCUGCUAAUCAUCCGUUCACCAGCGUAGCCCUGACCCAGCCCACGGCUUUGUGUGUAACUGACGUUGAAGACUCAAUCAAAGAGGAGCCACAACCCAAUGCCAAUCGUUCUGUUGGAACACCACCUGCAAGUGUUGCUGCCACCCAGCAGAUGGCUGCAAGUGAACAUGAAAAGGAAUGCUCCAUUCGAGUCUUCCGCGAUACAGAUCCAGGGAAGAACAGAGCUGACGGCCAAGAGGGCGGCAAUGAGCUCUCGUCAGGAACUUAUAUGCAAGCGGAAGAAAAGCAGACUCGCCCUAAUCUUGAGGAAGAUAAAUCCGGCUGCGGUCAAGACAAAAAAGAGACUCAGAUGCUCAUGAAUUCCAAAGUUCCUUCAGCUGGAACUCAACCCGUGUACACGUGUGAAGAUGAGCAGGCCAACGGCAUGAUCUUGAGCCCUGGUACCGGAAUUGUGCGAAUCAGAGAAAAGGAUGAGCCAAGGGAAAAAAGACAAACAAGAAGCUACAAAGCUAAAGGAACGGUGGCAGAGUCAAGGCCUGCUGCCAGUGAGCUUGAGGAAGGGGCCACGGGCCACCACUCUGAACUUCGAGAGGUUCAAGACAGGAAGCAAGAGAGACAAGAAGGUAGAAAUGCACAGAGGGAAAGGAAGGAACGCAAAGAAACCAAUCUGUCAAAAACGGUGGAGGAUCAAGAAAGACAUGAGGAACACAAACCGGAUCAAGCACCUCAACCAAACCUAGAGGCAAAAGCAGAGCCCACAGCAAGAGCCCGAAGAGCAACAAGAAGAACCAUCCCUGUUCUUCCCCCAGAAAAUGUCCCGGCUAAGAGGACCAGAUUGCGCUCCAACUCUGUCAGCUCCGAGGUGUCCGCUUCAAGCGGCCGAGGGAACAGAGGCCAAAUGCCCAAGACGUCCAAUGGUACCGAGCAGGACGGUCACGGCACUUCUCCCCUGGGGGCGUUUUCCAGAUCCAGCUCCUCAAACUCCCUCGCUUCGGACAUGUCUUGCGACAGCCUCGGCUCUUUGAGCGGUACAGGAGGCGGACAACGAGGAAGUAGGCGCAGAACGAAACCCAGGCCCAGUACGGUCCCACCUGUCUUCAGGCAGAAUCCCGCUCCAAGGCCUUCGCAGAGGGGCAAGAAGCCAAAUGUGUUCCUUGCUGCGCUUUGUGAUGAAAAGGAUGAGAAGCCAAAAUCAAAACAGGCAACUGCCACAACGGAGCGUAGGCGAGCAAAUGAACCCUCGUCAAGGGAGGGGAACAACUCUGCUGGUGAAUCUCCCCUACCAAAAAGAAACAUCAGGGGCAAAGUUCACAAGACUGUAAAAAGCAAAGCCUUCGAGGCUGUGGAAACUCCCCUGGGCAGCGAUCAAGUGGAAGCCAAAGACCAGGCGGGAGGAGCAAAGAGAAUGUUGAAGGCAGAAGUGCAAGAUGAGAAUCCCGUUUCAGUCCAAGCCAAGAGAAGAGCCAAAGCGCCGUCUGCUCAGAGGGACAGCAAAGCCAAGAAAUCACCGCCUGACGCCGCCUGCCAGGAUGGAAAUGUGUCAUCUUCUGGUGGAGGUGUCCAGACUCGCAGACCUAUCGGUAGCAAGAGGCAAACGCCAGACGCUCGCAUGAAAUCCUCUCCUGUGACAGCAAGGUGCCGACCGCCUGAAGUGAGCCGCACGUAUAAGGUGCUGUUCACGGGUGUGGUGGACCUAACCGGGGAGAAGAUGCUGGCUCGUUUGGGAGGCUUCCUGGCCAACGGCACCGCCGACAUGAACUGCCUGGUUACCGACAAGGUCCGCAGGACUGUCAAGUUCAUGUGCGCGGCAGCCAGAGGGAUCCCCAUCGUCAACAUAUGCUGGCUGGACGAGAGCGCUAAAGCUGGGAGCUUCCUGCCGCCCGACGCCUUCAUCGUCAGCGAUCCGGAUCAGGAGAAAAAAUUCAAUUUCCGCCUGAGGGAGUCUCUGAGGCUCGCCGGCAGCCAGCCUCUCUUACAGGGCUACAAGAUCCACGUCACCAAGUCGGUGCAGCCCGAGCCAGCCCAGAUGAGCGAAAUCAUUUCUUGCAGCGGAGCCACAUUCCUCCCGAGGAUGCCUUCCUCACACAAGCCUCACACGGUGGUGAUCUCUUGCACGGAGGACUGGCCGCUGUGCCGCGCGGCCGUCUUGGCGUCACUGCCGAUCGUCUCGGCUGAGUUCGUCCUUUCUGGAAUCCUGCAGCACAAACUGGACUUUGAUGCUCACAAGAUGUCCGACCCGCCGCCAUGGCCCAAUGACGGCAGACGGCGCAGCAGUCGGCUCACGUAGCCUGUAGAAUAUUGUAACAACGUGGACCGCAAAGAAUUGACAGCAUCAGAGCUGAGCACAAAAGGCUGUAGGCCUUCCAAGAAAUGUCAAGUGGAAGCGACCUUUUGCGACACGUGUCGAAUAGUGUUUGGACAGCAACGACGACUUUCAACGCAGCGUCAGGGAGGGAAAAAUAUUCAAAACAUUCUGCCUGUAAUUCUUACGUGUUAAGGGACCAAAAGGAAGGGGUUUUAUUCAAUCUAAUUUUUUAAAAAUAAAUCUGUCAUUAGAAUGAUAUUCUGCUCAAUAUCGGCACUGGCCUCCCCAAAAAUCCAUAUCAGCAAAGACAAUUGCUUGAUUGACUUUCAUGUUAAUGGUUUCUCCUUAUUUUUUUUCGUGUGUGUGCCGGCUUUUCCAGGCAAUGUGAAGCUUGACAUGGCGACCGUUCCUUCCAGCGCUUGCUUGUUUGUUGGCGUCUACAUUGGAAAACAACCGCAGCCCAUAAUCGCCUCCAUUCGGUCGCCAUGUGAGUACGCUUUAAAACAAGCCGGAUGGUAAUAAUGAGCCAUUUAUCCCCGUCACCUCGUCCUCACCAUGCUGAGUGGGAAUUAGCGGCACUUCAACGGCUCGUACCACCUCAGUUGAGUCAAUCAUGUUUGCGGGGCGAAACAAUUUUUUAAAAGAAUUACUGGGAAGCCGUCCGGCUGGAUGAGGCAAAGGCUCAUGUUUCCUGGUAUCCUUUUUAAUAUGGUAAGAUGAUAAUGAGCGUAGCAGUGUCCUCCCAUCUCCAUUAACGACCGGACAACAUUCCAUUAAGGCCUCAUCUUCUCCUCUUAGCUCCUCAGAGCAGAGUCGGCAGCUUCUGUCUUUGUAAGAAUCCGUUUUUACCUGUCAUCAGUAUCUUGCAUGCACUUUGUCUUUGUCCGUCUCAUCAAAUAUAUGCCUUCAAUGCUCAUCAGCGGCAGGGAAACGCGUGUUGUGGGGUUUGAGGUAAAUUAACUGGAUAACAAGCAAAUCCAAUAAAUGCUCAAAUGGCA